ACAAUCCACCAAUAGCAAGACGAUUACAGGGCCUCAGUUCUAAUUGACACUCGGCCGGAGGUGCCGCUGUCUCUAUGCGAGACAGAUUUACGCUUUAACUUAUUGUUGUUAUUGUUGACGGUUGCGUGUUAGUUAACCUGCGGUAAGGAGCAUAACUGCUUAGGGAGGGACGGGGAACCGGGAAGGGAGUGAGUGGUCACUACGAAAAGGAUGGCAACACAGGGAUUAGACAAAAACACGAUCAAGAAGAAAACCGAAAAGAAAUUUGCGGCCAGAGAAGAAGCUAAACUGCUGGCGAGUUUUAUGGGAGUGAUGAAUAUCAUGCGCAAACAGAAAACGUUGUGUGAUGUUGUUCUUAUGGUGCAAGACCGAAAAAUACCAGCUCAUCGUGUAGUUCUGGCAGCUGCAAGCCAUUUUUUUAACCUUAUGUUCACCACAAAUAUGCUUGAAUCUAAGUCAUUUGAGGUGGAGCUGAAAGAUGCUGAACCUGAUAUUAUAGAACAGCUGGUGGAAUUUGCCUAUACUGCAAGAAUUUCAGUAAAUAGCAACAAUGUUCAGUCCUUGUUAGAUGCAGCAAAUCAGUACCAGAUUGAACCAGUAAAGAGGAUGUGUGUUGAUUUUCUAAAGGAACAAGUUGAUGCUUCAAACUGUUUAGGAAUUAGUGUAUUAGCUGAAUGUCUUGAUUGUCCAGAGCUGAAGGCUACUGCGGAUGACUUCAUCCAUCAGCAUUUCACUGAGGUCUAUAAGACUGAUGAAUUUUUGCAACUGGAUGUCAAACGUGUCACUCAUCUUCUAGAUCAGGACACCCUGACGGUUCGUGCAGAGGACCAGGUGUAUGAUGCUGCUGUCAGAUGGUUAAAAUAUGAUGAGCCAAACCGCCAGCCAUACAUGGUGGACAUUCUUGCCAAAGUUCGAUUUCCUCUCAUAUCGAAGAAUUUUUUAAGUAAAACCGUGCAGGCAGAGUCUCUUAUCCAGGACAACCCUGAAUGCCUAAAGAUGGUGAUAAGUGGGAUGCGGUACCAUCUGCUUUCUCCAGAAGAUAGAGAGGAGCUUGUAGACGGCACCAGACCACGGAGAAAAAAACAUGAUUAUCGUAUUGCUUUGUUUGGGGGCUCACAGCCUCAAUCCUGUAGAUAUUUCAAUCCAAAAGAUUACAACUGGACAGAUAUUCGAUGUCCUUUUGAGAAGCGUAGAGAUGCAGCUUGUGUAUUUUGGGACAAUGUGGUUUAUAUUUUGGGAGGUUCUCAACUGUUUCCAAUAAAAAGGAUGGAUUGCUACAAUGUUGUUAAGGACUCAUGGUACUCCAAGCUGGGACCACCUACACCACGUGACAGCCUUGCUGCCUGUGCUGCUGAAGGGAAAAUAUACACAUCGGGGGGAUCAGAAGUUGGAAAUUCCGCUUUGUAUCUGUUUGAGUGCUACGAUACAAGAACAGAGAGCUGGCACACCAAACCCAGCAUGUUGACUCAGCGUUGCAGCCAUGGGAUGGUGGAAGCAAAUGGACUAAUCUAUGUUUGUGGGGGCAGUUUGGGGAACAAUGUUUCUGGACGAGUGUUAAACUGCUGUGAAGUUUAUGAUCCAGCAACAGAAACAUGGACCGAUUUGUGCCCAAUGAUAGAAGCUCGGAAAAACCAUGGAUUGGUGUUUGUAAAAGACAAGAUAUUUGCAAUAGGAGGACAAAAUGCUUUAGGUGGCUUGGACAGUGUUGAAUAUUACGACAUUAAACUUAACGAAUGGAAAAUGGUCUCCCCCAUGCCUUGGAAAGGGGUCACUGUGAAAUGUGCAGCUGUAAGCUCUGUUAUUUAUGUUUUAGCUGGCUUUCAAGGUGUUGGAAGAUUAGGACAUAUUUUGGAAUACAACACAGAAACAGACAAAUGGAUAGCCAAUUCUAAAGUUCGGGCAUUCCCUGUAACUAGCUGCCUAAUAUGUGUGGUUGAUACUUGCGGAGCAAAUGAAGAAACUCUGGAAACCUGAUACGUUAAAUGGACAAGUAACUGCUCUACAGAAUGAACCACUCUUAGGACUGCAGAAUGUGUUUGUUGCUUAUAGAAAGCACAUUUCUAGAUUUGCUGUGUCAGCUUUUUAUAAAUGAGCAGAACAAAACAAAACAUUAGAGGCAUGUUUCCUUAAAGCUUGUCUGUGCAACCAUCAGGCAUUGCAUUGAUUUUGUUUGUUUUUUAUAUUGUUUUAUUACUUUAAAGUGUUUAAAGGUAUGGUAAAAAAUACCUGUAUUGCCUAUACAACAUUUUAUGUAAUUCUUCCAAAUUUUGUUCAUACUUAUGCAUAGAGGAACUUUAUGGAUAAAUGAGAACCAUUUACUUA